UGGCACUAGGUUGGUGGUGAAGAAUGAUCCGGUGCCCCUUCGUGAAUCCCCUGAGGAAGAAGAACCGGACCGCGAUGUGCUUGGUUCUAGAGCUGGACAUCACGUUGCUGGCUACAGUCAAUGCUCCGGUGCUGUCGCUGUUGAUGGGUACCGAUCGAAAGGUCUUGAAUCCGAUUUCCGUCAUGAAGUUGGAGAUGUAGACUGCCUCGCGAGCACUGAAGCUCAGCGCUUGAAGUUCGGCCUCCACGGUGUUCUGUGCUGCGAAAGUUUGUGUCUUGGAUCCGUAGCUGAUCAGUCCCCCUCGUAGGAAGAACAGGUAUCAGGUGGUAGACCUGCCGUUGUCUGGGUUGGCUCCAAAUGACGAGUCAGUGAAGCACGAGAGUCUGAACUGCCCCUUCUUGUACACGAUCGGCAGGUCUGGCGUUCCGCGUAGGUACCGUAGUAGGUGCUUGGCCGCAGCCAUGUGGACCUGUGCUGGGUUUGCGCAUGCCCGUGUCAGUUGGUGCACUGCGUAUGACAGAUCGUAGCGGGUGCAUUGGGCAAGGUACAGGAGACUCCCGGUGAUGGCCUGGAAUCUCUGCUUGUCCUCGGGUCCGAGUAGUUGGUCUUGUGGCUGCUCGAUUGAUAGUUCUGCUCCUUACCGGGGGGUGCUGACCGGGCUUGCCUGUUCCAUUCCUGUCGUGUCCUGCGAUGUCCUGGAUGGUGUCGUAGUCCGCGAGUUGUCAUUCAUUGCUGUCAUCUCCCCCAUCAGCAAAGUAGUCGUCGGAAUCCGUGCCCGCGUUGAUUUGGCGAAGUUCUGCUCGGUUGAUGUUGUCUGGCUGCAUGUU